UGGAGCGACAUUGCGGGGCAGCAGACCGCCAAGGACCUGAUACAGGAGGUGGUGGUGUGGCCUGUCAAGAACCCGCAGCUGUUCACGCAGGGCGCGCGCGCGCCCCCCAAGGGCAUCCUGCUGUUUGGGCCCCCCGGCACCGGCAAGACGAUGCUGGGAAAGGCCAUCGCCACCAACAUCUCAGCCGUCUUCUUCUCCAUCUCAGCCUCCUCCCUGGUGUCCAAGUGGAUGGGGGAGGGGGAGCGCCUGGUGCGCGCGCUGUUUGCGGUGGCCGCCCACGUGGCGCCAGCUGUCAUCUUCAUCGACGAAGUCGACUCGCUGCUGUCGGCCCGCAAGAGCGACGGCGAGCACGAGUCCAUGCGGCGCCUCAAGACGGAGAUACUGGUGCAGAUGGAAGGCAUAGACCCGGCGCGGGCCGACCGCCGCGUGCUGCUCAUCGGCGCCACCAACCGGCCCGAGGAGCUGGACGAAGCGGCGCGCCGCCGCAUGCCCAAGCAGCUCUACAUCCCGCUCCCAGAC